ACUCGUAGCGAUUGGAUGUGGUUACUAAAGUUCUUUUAUUUUUUUAUUUUUUAAUUUAAAAAAAAAAAAAAUUGCAAAAUUUUUUUGCAAAAAAAAAAAAAAAAUUAUUCAAUAUUAAAAAAUUUUUAUUUUCUUAACAAAAGAAAAUUCUACAGUAAAAAAAAAAACAAAAAUCAAAGUAAAAAUUUAAUUAAAAAUUUUUUUUCUACUAACGAAAAAAGUAACGCGAACAACACCUAUAUAUCGAAGAGAAAAUUGAAAAAAGAAAAAAACCAACAUACUAACGAUAUAUAUAUAUAUACAUAUAUAUAUAUAUCAAUUCAUACAUAUUAGCAUCAACGACACAAUAUAGUAUAUAUAGAAAGGACUCCAUCUCGAUUUUGUAAGUAACGAGGGAAAAGAGAGAAAAGUGUAACAGAAAUUAUGUUUUUCCGCCAAAAGCUAAUUUAAAAUACUGGUUGGGAAAUGCAAUCGCGUGAUCCUGCUUUUGAAACUGAACAAGUUAAAACACAAUAUAAUAAAACAAUAAAAUCAACAACAACAAUUAAAAAUAAUGGAUUAUCAGGUGUUGAAUUCAAAGUCGAACCGAAUAGCAAAAAUCCAUUUGAAAAUAAUUAUUGCAUCGAUCAGAAUGAAAAGCAGGAUGAACAGCAUAAAAGCCCAAAGAACCCAACUAUGACAGAUUCUACACAAUAUACGGGUAUAUCUCAACAAUAUGAACAUCAACAGCAGCAACAUCAGUUGCAGCAACAACACCAGCAGCAACAGCAGCAGCAACAGCAUCAUCAACAACAUCAACAUCAGCAACAGCAGCAACAACAACAACAACAUAUACAACAAUCACAACAAGUUAUACCCGAUUAUAUGAGAGGAUCAUCAGGUGGUGGAAAUGAUAAUUCACCAUAUUAUAAUAAAAGAUCAUGGAGCUCUUUAAAAGCAUGGAUUAUUAAUUGGAGGGGUUCAAGACGUUUAGUUUUGGUUAUUGUUGCGAUUGCAUUAUUAUUGGAUAAUAUGUUAUUAACAACUGUUGUUCCAAUUAUUCCUGAAUUUCUUUAUGAUAUACGACAUCCAAACGCUACUCUUGAAGAUUCUUUAAAAGCAACUGCUCAUAUAAGAGCCACUGAGCAGCCACCACCACAAAUAAUUUAUGCACCAUGUAAUUGUUGUGCUAAUUCUUUUGUUACUGAGCCUGGUUGGAGUUUAACAACAGAAUCAGAAAAUGAAACGAGACGGCAAGAAGAAAUUAUGCAAGAAGAACGUCAUAAAGAACUUGUUGGUGAAACAGUUGAUGUUGGUGUUAUGUUUGCAUCUAAAGCUUUUGUCCAAUUAUUAGCUAAUCCAUUUGUUGGGCCUCUAACUCAUAAAAUUGGAUACAGUAUUCCGAUGUUUGCUGGUUUUGUUAUUAUGUUUUUAUCGACCUUGAUAUUCGCUUUCGGACGUUCUUAUGGAAUUCUUUUUAUUGCUAGAGCUUUACAAGGUGUUGGUUCAUCAUGUUCUUCUGUAUCUGGUAUGGGAAUGUUAGCUGAUCGUUAUACAGAUGAUAAAGAACGUGGUAAUGCAAUGGGUAUUGCUUUAGGUGGUUUAGCUUUAGGUGUAUUAAUUGGACCACCAUUUGGUGGAAUUAUGUAUGAAUUUGUUGGAAAAUCAGCACCAUUUCUAGUAUUAUCAGCAUUAGCAUUAGGUGAUGGUCUUUUACAAUUGUUUAUGUUACAACCAUCAGUUGUACAUACUGAAGCAGAUCCACCAUCACUUAAGGAAUUAGUUAUGGAUCCAUAUAUAAUAAUUGCGGCUGGUGCAAUUACAUUUGCUAAUAUGGGUAUUGCUAUGUUAGAACCAUCACUACCAAUAUGGAUGAUGGAUAAUAUGCAAGCGAGUCGUUGGGAACAAGGUGUAUCAUUUUUACCAGCAUCAAUAAGUUAUUUAAUUGGUACAAAUUUAUUUGGUCCAUUGGGACAUAAAAUUGGACGAUGGUUAGCUGCACUUUUAGGAUUGAUUAUAAUUGGAGUUUGUUUAAUUUUGAUACCGAUGGCAACUCAUAUCAAUCAUUUGAUAUUACCAAAUGCUGGUUUAGGUUUUGCAAUCGGUAUGGUUGAUUCAUGUAUGAUGCCAGAAUUAGGUUAUUUAGUUGAUAUAAGACAUUCAGCUGUUUAUGGUAGUGUAUAUGCAAUUGGUGAUGUUGCAUUUUGUAUUGGAUUUGCAGUGGGACCAGCACUAAGUGGUACUUUAGUGAAUACAAUCGGUUUUGAAUAUAUGUUAGUUGGUAUUGCUAUUUUAUGCUUUUUAUAUGCACCACUUUUAACAUUUUUGAAAUCUCCGCCAACUAAAGAAGAGAAAAAAUCUCUUAUAACUGGAGAUAAAUCAUCAGUAAGGUAUAUGACUUACUUGAAUGAAGAAGAAGAAGAAUAAAUAUAUUAUAUAUUAAAUAUAACAAUAAAAUAUACUUAUAUACAAUAAUAAUUUUAACAAUUUAAACGAAAGGAACACAAUGAUAAUAAAAAUAUUAUAUUAUAUAUACAUACUUACUAAUUGUUGAUUAUAAAUAUUAAUAUUAAAAAAAUGAAAAAAAUGAAAAAAAAAAAAAUUUGAAUUAUAAAUAAAAAACUUCAAUAAAACAUGAGAGCAAUAACAUUCAAAAAUUUCUCUAUCAUCUCAG